AUGCGGCCUACAACUCCUAAUUUCAAUUUCGCGCAACCCAUCGGCCCUUCAUCACCACCUGAGACGCCGACUCAUUCUUCUUUCACAUAUCCGCCUGAACAACCAUCAAUGAACUUUUCUCGUCCCUCACCUAAGCCAAAUGGAAUCAUACCAAAUGGCCGAGGACCUCAUUUCAGCUAUAAUCGAGCCGAAGACCUAUCCCCGCGAUCCACUUCCCCCUCAUCUGAGUCUUCGGGCAGCGCAAGUCCACCUCGAUCAGAAAGUUCACAACCCGCACAAUCACCACUCUCAUUGCCAGUUCGCAGAUAUUCACAGGUAAUAGACAAGGGCAAUUUUACACUGGAGGAAAUAACAGACAGCGAUCUCGAAGACUUUGAUUGCAACGAGGAACUUAUAAUACGGCCCCACCAAUACGAAGACGCAGAGUCCGAUCGAGGACAUAUUGCGCCAACACCUGCACUAGCAGAACUUGAUCCACAUUUCCUGAAUGAUCUCCGCGAUCUCACUGCGCACGAUUGCACAGAGGCUUUAAACAAUGAAGAUCAAGAUGGGUCGCCACUAGACGAGCAUGAAGCUUGGGUGCAACGCAAUAGGGAAGAAAGGCGUCGCCGACGUCGCAGCUCAGCUACUGUACAAAAGCGCUCUCUGGCGCAAAGUAUCGGGAGUGACACUGAUGACGAGGAUUUACAACAGGAUCAUUUAAGUGCAAAUGAGGCGGGAUCUAGCGCUAGGAGACUACGAAGGAAGACAUUCAAUCAUGGGGGUGACAAAAGGGCAAGCCUUGUAUUCGAUGAUCCACCACCGCGCAUUCCAGAAUUGGAGGAACCAGACAGCUGUGACGAGGUCAUUGAAGACGAUACCGAGGUGGAUGAUCUGAGAGAGUUGCCAUAUUAUGUGUUGGAGGAAACCAUGGAUCUUGACUCUCCGUUUUGA